AGCGUGCGCGGGGCAGAACGUCACUCGAGCGUCCCUUCGACGAGUCGUGCAGGCGAACGUGGGGCCGCUACACCUGCGCGACGACGUGGGGGCGGUGGGGGAAGAAAACAAGAACAACAAGCGUGAGCGCCAUCUGACUCCAGAUUGACCAUUAAAAAGAAAAGUGUUGCCCCCAACCCCACCCCAGCCCGCCCCACCGCCACCCUUUAAAAUUUGGAGCCACGGGGGGAGUUAGUGACAAUUGUUGCGUUGCGAGCGAGCGAUCGAAGAGGCUGCAAGUCAAGAUGAUGUCCUACAUAAAACAACCCCAUUACACCAUGAACGGCUUAAAUUUGCCCGGCCCGGGGAUGGACGUGCUGCACACGACUGUCGCUUAUCCGUCCACACCCAGGAAGCAGCGAAGGGAGCGGACCACCUUCACGAGAACGCAACUGGACAUCCUGGAGGCCCUCUUCUCGAAAACCCGCUACCCGGACAUCUUCAUGAGGGAGGAAGUGGCCCUCAAAAUCAACCUGCCAGAGUCACGUGUACAGGUGUGGUUCAAGAACCGACGUGCCAAGUGCCGUCAGCAGCAGCAGCAGAGCAGUGGGCAGUCCAAACCACGCCCCCCCAAGAAGAAGGCCUCCCCAGUGCAGGAGCCCAGCGCCCCCGAUCCCGUCCCAAACCCUUCCGGCUCAUUCAGCCCCUCGUCAGCCCAGUCGGGUGUCGGUCUGCUCCAGAGCUCCGGUACCGGAAACACCGCCGUCUCCAUCUGGAGCCCGGCCAUCUCCCCCCUCCCUGACCCCCUGGCCUCCUCCACAGCUCCCUGCAUGCAGCGGCCCUCACCGUACCAGAUGAGCUACGGCCAGCCGUCAGCCUACGCCCAAGGCUACGCCAGCACCACCUCCUACUUCACAGGCUUGGACUGCAGCGCAUACCUGUCCCCCAUGCACUCGCAGCUAUCGGGCACCGGGGGCGCUCUCAGCCCCAUCACCGUGCCCUCCAUGGGGGGCUCUCUAAGCCAAUCGCCCGCCUCGCUGUCUUCACAGGGCUACAGUACCGCCUCCUCCCUGGGCUUCACCUCAGUGGACUGCCUGGACUACAAGGACCAGCAGGCCUGGAAACUAGGAUUCACUACAAUGGACUGCCUGGACCAUAAGGACCAAAACUCCUGGAAGUUCCAGGUCCUCUAGAAAGCGUUACAGGGCAGCGUCCAGUUUGUUAGUGUGAAGCGUCCUGCUGAUGUUCUUUUGUAUGAGUUUGAUUUCACUUUCAGGCAAGCGUUGUCGAGAAGCUUUUCACCGCAAUAUAUUUGGACAGCAGUGAUGUUCUUGUUACUGCCAGACUACAAACAUAUAACCAACAGAUCAAAAAGCUUUUAAGGUUCCUUUUCAUAUCAUUUGAUCAAUAAUGGUAAAGACAGGUAAAAAAAAUUAAAUAAUGUAGUUUAGCCAGUUUUCAUGCCGUCUUGGUUUUAUAUGGGUAAAUGUCUCUCUUGCUGAAACAGACCCACUAAUUUUCAAAUAUGAUCCUAACUACUCAUUAAACCCAUUUCACGCUUGUCUUUAUACAAUCGUAAUAACGGUAGACAUGCAACAGUGCGGAGACUUACAAAUUCAUAAAUAUUCAUUCAUAUCUCAGAAACAACACCGUUUAUUUUGCUGUCGGCUAUUGUAUGAAUGAAAAAUGGCAACGUCAUCCUUUCACUUCAGCUCACAGAUCCCUCGGGUGUGUUGGAAAAACAUAACGAGACUCUGGCCGGUGGCAUUAACGGUAAAGACAGCUUGAGUCACAAAGAAGGACUGUUUGGAAAAGAAAAAAAAGAACUGAAGACACUAAGAUGCAUUUGGGGUAGUUUUUAUGGAAAAGCCAUUUUCAGCUCGUUUCCAAAAUGUAAUUAGCAUCUUGAGAAAACAGGUUGCAAAUCAUGAAACUUUAUUUUGGAAAGCCGUUUCAGCAUUAAAACUUAUGAAGUUUUGGUGUAUAACAACUGCCAAUAAUUCAAAUACUCGUAUCAGUAAAAUUAAUUGACUUUCAAAAGCAAAUUCAGUGGGCCACGUAUUUUCCAUUAUUGAUCAAAUUAUAUGCAAACGAACCUUAAAAUCUUUUUAGGAAAAAGACCUACACAUAAAAAAAACACUGAGAGCUCCCUUCUUUAUUAACAUGACCGACUCGGCAGCCUAUUGUACGCUACACGACUACUCGCUAGGUAAGCAGAGCUGCAAACGUCUUGACUUUCAAUUUAUUUUGAUUUCUUUCUUUCAUUCUAUGUAAUUUGUUCGUAUCUAUAUGUUCUCGAGCAUUUGUGUUCAGUUCUACAGUGUUUGCGUUUAGUGUCAUCGUCCAAUUCAGUUUGACGGAUGAAAAUUAGGACAUUGUUUUUAGUCGCGUGUCAUAUUAAAGUGGUCUGUUCUGUCCACUGUUGUGCACUGAUAAUAAUUUUUUUUCCGGAGUCUUUGAGAUAGUUUGUCACAGUUAGCUAGAAGUCAGUAAGAACACAUCACUGAGUGAUCAUGUUCCGGUCAGGCCCAAAGCGUCAUGUUCGUCAUUUCCUUGGUUCGUCUUGGUUAUUUUAGUUGAUCUGCUUCUGGAAGUGUCCCAAUCCUCUUAGCCUCCCUUCAGCUGUGCCCUAAGUGAAUUAGUUGGGAUUAUUGCCCUAUCCUCCUCUUUCUGUCUCUCACCCAUCUCUUGUCACCUCCUCUCUUUACUUCUAACAGCUCUCUUUCGUUUUCCCUUCCUCCUUCUUGUUCAUCUUUCUUUUUGUUCCAUAUUUGUGUGUCCUUUUUUUGUUCGCAUGGGAGGAGGGGUGGGUGUGGGCUGCCCAAAAAGACCUGUUAGGAUGCCCCCAACACACACACACACUUUGCACGCCACUGCUUCUAUAACAGUUUGACUCUCACACAUCCAGAAAGCAAAAUUCCUUUUUACAAAGAGGCUCGAACAUUUCCACAUAUCACUACGAAUCUCAGUGGUCCCUCUUCUUUCAUCCCAUGCCACACUCCUCCUCUGACAAUUUCGUAAUCCCAACAUGACCUGAUUACUGCCACGCAAGCAUCGAAUAUAUCCAACAACAUCUCUUACAUGUCUGGGCCGUUAUGUUGCAAAUGCCAGCAGUCCAAUCCUACAGUUGUAGAUAUUCCAUGACCUUUAAUGCAUUAAAUUUGCCAUGUUUCGAGAUCUUCAUUGAUUUGUAUUUCAUUUUAUUGUAUAGAUGUGUGAAGGAGUUAUUAAUUCAUUGUUGAUUAAAGAAAUGCAUCCAUCCAUCCGUCUAUUUUCUGCACCGCUUAUCCUCAUUAUAGGGUCACGUGUAUGCUGGAGCCUAUCCCAGCUAUCUUCGGGCGAGAGGAUUGAAGAAAUAUACACUAAAUUGACAUGAAUGGAUAACUCCAAAGAGAUGUUGGAUGUAAUCGUCAUAUGAAUAAUAAAAUCUGAUUCUAUUUGUUG